CCCCCAGCGCGGUCCCGUGCCGAAAGCACCCAGGGCAGAGCUCCCCGGGGAGGGAGGGACAGCGGAGCCGUCAAGCUGAUAGUCGAAAAGACGACUGACUACCCUUCGGCUGAGUACUCCCUGGUGGAGGAUGUAGCCCUCCACUUCACGUGUUUGAUGGACAGACUGAACGAGCAGCGCCUCUUUCAGCCGGACCUGUGCGACGUGGACAUCGUGCUGGUGCAGCACAAGAGCAUCUUCCCGGCGCACAAGGGGGUCCUGGCAGCCUACAGCCAGUUCUUCCACUCCCUCUUCACCCAGAACAAGCAGCUGCAGCGCGUGGAGCUCUCUCUGGAGGCCCUCACCUCGCAGGGCCUCCAGCAGAUCCUCAACUUCAUCUACACCUCCAAGCUGCUCGUCAACUCCUGCAAUGUGCAGGACGUGCUGAACGCGGCCGCCGUGCUGCAGAUGAACAACAUCGCGUCCUCCUGCCAGGACCUGCUGGACACGCGCUCGCUCAGCCUGGCCACUGACAUGGCCCUGCCCGCCGAGGGCUGCGCCGGACCCCCRCCCUACUACUGCGAGAUCAAGCAGGAGGUGGACGCCCCCCACCCCAAAAUCUACGCCCGGGAGGGCAACGACCCCUUCUCGGUGCGGGUGGAGGACGGGACGGGCAGCGGGACGCUCCCACCAGGCCCAGCCAAGCAGUACUACAAGGAGGAGAAGGAUGGUGGCGCCGGCGCCGUGUGUAAGAUGGAGGGCGAGGAGUCUGAGGAGGACCUGGACAGCCAGGGCUCCUACAACCGGGAGCAGAUCAUCGUGGAGGUGAACCUCAACAACCAGACCCUCAACGUCUCCAAGGGCACGGAGGGCAAGGCGGCCACCAGCGAGACGGCCGUGAUGGGGCGGCCGGACGGGGAUGGGCGUGACACGGAGGAGGAUGGGGAGGAGGAGAAUGAGGAAGGGGAGGAGGAGGAGGAAGAGGAAGAGGAUGCRGAGGUGGGGGAGGAGGAGGAGGAGGAGCRCAGCGAGGAGGAAGACCURGAGGAGACGACGGAAGAAGAGGACGACGACGAUGACGAUGAAGAUGCCUCGGAGAUGAAAAGGGAGAAGAGCGGGCAGCCCCGCAGGGGCAGCAGGGCAUCCAAAGCCACCAAACCCUCCAUGGCAACCAGGUCCCAGGAGAUGGCCAAGGUGGAAGAGGAGGAGGAGGAGGAAGAAGAAGGCCAGAGGGGAAGGAAGAGAAAGAAGGAACAAGAUGGCUUGGGCCAGAAGGUGAAGCUGGAGGAGAAGCAGCAYUAUCCAUGCAAGAAGUGUCCCCGGAUCUUCAACAACCGCUGGUACCUGGAGAAGCACAUGAACGUCACGCACAGYCGSAUGCAGAUCUGYGACAAGUGCGGGAAGCGCUUCCUGCUGGAGAGCGAGCUCCUGCUGCACCACCAGACYGACUGCGAGAAGAACAUCCAGUGUGUGACGUGUGGGAAGGGCUUCAAGAAGCUCUGGUCUCUCCACGAGCACAACAAGAUCGUCCACGGCUACGCAGAGAAGAAGUUCUCCUGCGAGAUCUGCGAGAAGAAGUUCUACACCAUGGCCCACGUGCGCAAACACAUGGUUGCACACACCAAGGACAUGCCCUUCACCUGUGAGACCUGCGGCAAGUCCUUCAAGCGCAGCAUGUCCCUCAAGGUCCACUCGCUCCAGCACUCCGGGGAAAAGCCUUUCAAGUGUGAGAACUGCAACGAGCGCUUCCAGUACAAGUACCAGCUGCGUUCACACAUGAGCAUCCACAUUGGCCACAAGCAGUUCAUGUGCCAGUGGUGUGGCAAGGACUUCAACAUGAARCAGUACUUUGACGAGCACAUGAAGACGCACACRGGCGAGAAGCCCUACAUCUGUGAGAUCUGUGGCAAGAGCUUCACCAGCCGCCCCAACAUGAAGCGGCACCGCCGGACCCACACCGGGGAGAAGCCCUACCCCUGCGACGUCUGCGGCCAGCGCUUCCGCUUCUCCAACAUGCUCAAAGCCCACAAGGAGAAAUGUUUCCGCGUCAGCAACCCCCUGGCUUCGGACACGGCCGUCCCCCAGCCCGCCACCAGCCCGGCUCCGCUGCCCCCUGGCCCUGGCGUGUCCCCCCUGCCCCUGCCGCUGCUCCAUCCCCUGCCACAGACCCUCCCUCCUCCUCCUCACCUACCACCACCCCCUCCCCUGUUUCCCGCGGGGAGGAUAAAUUCAAACAACAAUUAGGUGCCCCCCACCCCAGCCGCGCGCCUGCACGGACUGCUCUGCCCUUCGGGAACGCCUUGCCCCCGGGGAGCCAAGGCUUCGCUUGCUCUCUACCCCUUUCUUCCUCCUUUUGGGGUUGUUUUGGGUUUUUAUUUCUUUUUUCUCACCUGUCAUUCUCCGCAGAGAGGGGGAGCAGAAGGAAUCCCCCCCAGGAGCGUGGGUGUUGGGGGGAACCGCUGUCCGUCCGUCAGGGUGUAGCUAAAAGGUGUCACUCUCCGUUUCAUCUUCCCACAUGCUGGCUUCAUCCUCCUGCUGGGACACUGGUGGGGCUGGGAGGAGCAGGAUAUCCGGGCUUGACCUUGCUGGCCGGUGCAUUGAUAUUUCUAAGCCAGAUCCUAGUUAGUGGUGCUUGAAUCCCUGUACUGUAAAGCUGGUCUUUCAAUUCAGGCUCCUCACCCAGGGCGUUGGCAGGUGGGCACCAUGGAGGAGCCCAAGGUGCCAGCCCCCAUGGGCAGAUGUCCCUGUUGGAAAGCCAUUAGCACGCUCUCGUUAGCAGCCCUCRGCACGUCUUCCUUCCCCACUACAGGUUUUCCUCCUCCACAGGCAAAAGCACAAACACCCACACUGCCUCUCGGGGCAUCUGCAGCUCGCUGUUGUUCAGUUUCGGGGUGUCUUAAGGGARAUGGGCUCUGGUGUGCCCUUUCUGCUAAUCCCAGCAGGAGCUGGGCUCCUGGGGAUGCUCUGGAGUCGAGGAGCUGUUCCUGGGGGAGCUCAGGUAGCUUUGGGACUGGCAGGAGGGUAGCCUGGGACAGAGGAGCAGGACGCUUCUGUUUCUCAGCAGAAUCGGCCCAGAAUAGUGCCUUAACAAUCCGAAUAAACCCCUGAGUGAUGGGUGAGCCCCAGCCCAGUCCCACYGCAAGGUUCAGAGGCAAAGCCAGACCGUGUUCAGCCUGGUGAAGAUGUUCCAGUUUCUGGUUUGUUGCUCUCCCAMGCUUCACCUCU